AGGCGGUACCGCCCAAAAUGGCAUACUUUUACAAAUGUGUAGUUAUCUCAAAAACUAUUAAUGCUAGAGAGAUGCGGUCUUUUUUACCGUCUUCCUCAGAUUCCACUGAAAACAGCGGUAUCCAGUUUGUAUAUAACACGCUUCCCUUAUUGCGCAAUACCACUACGUAAACAGGCCCAACAUAAACGAUUCUGUUAGGCAGAUUCAACACGCAACAACCAAUGGAAAAAUUGCCGCUGGGAGGAAUUUUUUUUAACCCAAUCAGAGGAAGGUUACCAUGAUGCAAUCUAGCCAUUCAGAGGACUCUGUAGUUGUCGCUGGGAAGAACAUUUUUCUAACCCAAUCAGAGGAAGGUUACCAUGAUGUAAUCUAGCCAUUCAGAGGACCCUGUUGUCGCUGGGAGGAACAUUUUCUAACCCAAUCAGAGGAAGGUUACCAUGGCUAUAGUAAAACACCGGCAGCUGGGUGUAAUAAUAAGCGAUUGAAGAAUCAGCAUCAGGUUGAGAAAACAGAAAGCGAUCGGAGUGUUACAGAGAGCGAGAAUUGAUUUAGCAAAAUGACAAGCACUAAAAGAUUUACAGCAGAACAAGCUCUGGAACAAUUACUGGAAAGCGACGAGGAAUCUGGAGCAGACAGCUUUUACACAGAUGACGAAGUAUUUUACCAGGAUGGGGAAGAUCCAUUUGAGGACUGUAAUGAUAACGACCCAAGCACGUCAUCUACACCGGCAACAGCACCUCAGCUUCCACCGAGAAGGAGAUUGACCCAGCCAAGCACGUCAUCUACACCGGCACCUCAGCUUCCACCGAGGAGGAGAUUGAGCCAGCCAAGCACGUCAUCUACACCGGCACCUCAGCUUCCACCGAGGAGGAGAUUGAGCCAGCCAAACACGUCAUCUACACCGGCACCUCAGCUUCCACCGAGGAGGAGAUGGAGCCAGCCAAACACGUCAUCUACACCGGCACCUCAGCUUCCACCGAGGAGGAGAUGGAGCCAGCCAAACACGUCAUCUACACCGGCACCUCAGCUUCCACCGAGGAGGAGAUGGAGCCAGCCAAACACGUCAUCUACACCGGCACCUCAGCUUCCACCGAGGAGGAGAUGGAGCCAGCCAAACACGUCAUCUACACCGGCACCUCAGCUUCCACCGAGGAGGAGAUGGAGCCAGCCAAACACGUCAUCUACACCGGCACCUCAGCUUCCACCGAGGAGGAGAUGGAGCCAGCCAAACACGUCAUCUACACCGGCACCUCAGCUUCCACCGAGGAGAGAAACUCUAACACGCAGACACUCUACCGAGAGUGUUCAGAGGCCCACGCUGAGCCGCUCAAGAUCACGCUCUCCACACCAUACAACACAUGAACAACACUGGAAAACUGAAAACGAUCCAGAUGUGGCACCCAUUCUCCCCAGGUUUGCCCCUGCCAGGCCCCCAGGAGUGCAACUCGAUAAAUCCAAAGUGUACAGUCCACUUGAUUUGUUCCAGCUUUUUUUCAGCAAUAAUGUCAUCAGAACAUUAUGCAGCAACACAAAUAAGCAAGCUACAAAGAGGUUAUCAGAAGGACUUCAAUUCAAAUGGACUGAUGUCACUCCCACAGACUUCCUAAAAUAUCUUGCACUUGUGAUUUUCAUGGGACUGCUAAAACUUGGAUCAGUGAAAUCUUACUGGAGGCAAAAAAACAUUUUUUCAGUUCCAUUCCCAAAGAAAGUGAUGCCAAGGGACAGGUGGCUCUCCAUUUCCUCAAAUGUGCACAUGAGCGAUCCGGCUGAGGAUGUUGUAAAUGACAGCAAAAAGGGAACAUCAGACCAUGAUCCACUGUUUCGCCUCAAGCCUCUGAUGACUGAAAUCAUGGCAGCAUGCAAGUCCUUUUACCAGCCCCAAAAAAAUCUGGCAAUAGAUGAGAGGAUGGUGGCGACAAAAGCCAAAACAGGAAUGACACAAUACAUAAAGGACAAACCGACUAAGUGGGGAUUCAAACUGUUUGUCUUGGCUGACUCUUCAGGUUAUACAUCUAGCUUUACCGUGUACACAGGAAAGGCAAAGUUCCCCACUGGCUUUGGACUUUCCUAUGAUGCAGUUGUGGGCCUCCUGGACAAACCACAUUUGGGAAGUGGUUAUCACAUUUAUUGUGAUAACUUUUAUACAAGUCCUCAGCUCUUCAGACACCUGUCAUCUCUGCACUUUAGAGCCUGUGGUACAUAUAGACAGGGGAGGAAGGACACCCCUAAAUCGACUGUGAAUGCCCUCUCCAAAAAAUCCCAAAGAGGAACAAUCAGGUGGAUCCGAGAUGAUGACUUGCUCUUCGUCAAGUGGAUGGACACAAGAGAGGUGUCCAUCUGCUCGACCAUCCAUCAAGCCUACACAUCGGAGACGGUCACGAGAAGGCAAAAAAAGGCAGAUGGAACCUGGGAGAAAGUGAGGAUUCCAGUUCCCACUCCAGUUGUGGAAUACAACAAACACAUGGGUGGUGUUGACUUGUCUGAUCAGCUCAUCCAGUACACCUCUGCUCACCACAAAGCAAACAGAUGGUAUAAGACUAUGUUCUUGCACUUUGUGGACAUCGCCACAUGCAACAGCUACAUCCUCCACAAAGAACUGUGUAAAGAGCAAAAUACUAUACCACUGACACACAGAGACUUUAUGGAGGAGCUCUGUGCUCAACUUGCAGGGGUAACAACUGAGGAUGCAGACAGGACAACUCACCACACACCCCUACCCAUUGCUCCCUUGGACCCAGCAAACCCUGCACACAAGCCUGCAGAUGUCAGAAAGUACUGUGAGCAGUGCAAGGCAAGCAAAGUGUACAACAAGACCCCCUGGCAGUGUGGGGCAUGCCAGGUGCCCCUCUGCAACUUCCUGGAGAGGCCUUGCUUUGCUCUCUGGCAUGCCUAGGACUGUUUGUAAAAAAGUUAAUUAUUUAAUUGUUCUUUAUAUAUUU